AUGACAUGGAUUGAAGCUAUGAGUUACUGCAGGGAGCACCAUAUUGACCUUGUCCAUGUUACCAGCAAAGACAUUCAAGAACAGGUGGCUGAAAUGGCCAAGAACGCCACUUCACCCCACGUUUGGCUUGGACUACGCUACACCUGUGACUUUAACUUUUGGUUUUGGACCAGGUCAACUACUGGCUGUUACCAGAACUGGGCCACCGGACAAGGAUCUGAAAGGAAAUAUGACUGUGGUGCUACAGGUGCCCUUGAGGCCACUGGGAGGCAGCAGUGGGUAGGCUUGUCUGAGACAGAAAAACUGAAUUUCAUCUGCUAUGCAUGUGCUGAAUGA